CGGAAGUGCGCCCUGGGCUGCUUCUUUGAGUUCUCAAAAUGGCUGCGCCCGAUGAAAACACGCUUCUUCGUGAAGAUGAAGAAGUUGAAGAGAUGGAAGCGGGUGAUAGUGAUGAAGAUGAGAUGGAGGAGGAAGGACAGGGGGAAGAAGGCGGGGAGAGUAAAGUGUAUGUGCCUGGCGUUCAGCCGCUUCAGCCGGGAGAAGAGCUAGAGAUGGACCGCUCGGCUUACCGCAUGUAUCACGAGUGCCAGACAGGUGCCCCUUGUCUGAGUUUUGAUGUAUUACGUGAUGCUGAAGGAGAAGGAAGAGAGACGUUUCCCUUGUCCAUGCUGCUGUGUGCAGGUACCCAAGCAGAUACAGCUCUCAGUAACAGACUCAUUGUGAUGCGCAUGCACAACCUGUAUGGCACUGAAAAAGAGAAUGAGGAGGAGGAGGAGAGCAGUGAUGAGAGUGAUGAAGAUGAGGAUGAUGAGGAGAAGAAGCCACAGAUGGAGUUGGCCAUGGUGACCCAUUAUGGAGGAAUAAAUAGAGUCAGAGUGACCCAGAUUGGUGAGCAGUCAUUGGCUGCUGUCUGGUGUGAGAAAGGUCAGGUGGAAAUUUUUGAUCUUCGGCCACAGCUGGAAGCAGUUCACAGCUCUACUGCCAUGACAGCGUUCGUUAAACAGCAUAAGGAGGCCACACCUUUGUUCAGUUUCUCAGGUCACAUGACAGAAGGCUUUGCCAUCGACUGGUCUCCUAAAGUACCAGGCCGGCUUGUGAGUGGAGACUGCAAGAAGAACAUUCACGUGUGGGAGCCUCGAGAGGGUGGAACUUCCUGGCAGAUUGACCAGCGGCCUUUUAGCUCUCAUACCAAGUCUGUGGAGGACCUCCAGUGGUCACCUACUGAAGCAACAGUUUUUGCCUCCUGCUCAGUGGAUCAGUCCAUUCGCAUUUGGGAUAUCAGAGCUCCUCCAAAAUCAAUGCUCUCAGCCAAUGAAGCUCACUCAUCAGACGUCAACGUCAUCAGCUGGAAUCGGACUGAACCAUUCCUGUUAUCUGGAGGGGAUGAUGGGCUUCUGAAAGUGUGGGACUUGAGGCAGUUCCAGUCUGGGCAUCCAGUGGCCAGCUUCAAGCAACACACUGCUCCUAUCACAUCAGUGGAAUGGAGUCCCGUCGACUCCAGCGUGUUUGCCGCCUCUGGGGCAGACGAUGUCAUCAGCCAGUGGGAUCUGUCGGUGGAGUCAUGUGACAUGGGAGAGCAGGCUGACAGCUUAAAGAAGCUCCCGCCACAGCUGCUGUUCUUGCAUCAGGGCCAGACAGAGGUCAAGGAGCUCCACUGGCACCCACAGAUCCACGGAACUCUCAUCUCCACUGCGCUGUCAGGAUUCAAUGUGUUCAGGACUAUUUCAGUGUAAAAGGGAAAGAAGUGUAUGUGUGCUUUUGUGCCUUAUGACAAUAGUAGAAAUAUGUUAAAUACCAUCAUCAUGGCAGUGAUCAAGGUUUUUCUUUUUGACUGAUCACUACACUUGUUUCUAGAUCCUCUGGAAUUUGUUUAAAAUAUAGGCAACACAGAAAAUGGCGCACUCAGCUGGUACUCUAGGUGACAGGCAGCCAGUGCAAACACAGCUGUGUGUCCUAGUUUUGAAGUUCAGUGCUACACUGCUCAUCAACAUGUUGAAAAAUGUCUUUAUCCUUUUAUUAUUCCAUGAGUGAAUGCUAUUAUCUCAAGUCAUAUUUUGUAUUAAUGUUUCUGGAGUCUUCUAUGUGUACUUAGAAUCAGUUCCUUAUUGGUGCAAGUUCGAAUGCAGACGCUGAUGCUGCUACAGCCACCCGUGGCAGGGAGUCCAAGAGAGCGAAAUUACCCAUUACUCUCUCCUGUCAGUCUGAGAGACAGUAGCCAAUUGUAGACUUCUGUAUGUAACUCAUGUAUGUAAAAGAGGGUAUUUAGCGCUUUCCUUCAAGUGUGUUUACCCUCUAAUGUAGCAUGAGUAGCAGUUUGAAAAGAUGUGGUGGCUGGCUUCAUGUCUCUCUAAGGACACCAUGCUAGCCCUGACCCUCCUCGGCUGGUAGUGACUGUAUUAUAGGGGAGAGCUAGCUAGCAGAUGGAAAUUGGCAGAUGACCAAAUUUGGAGAAAAUGGUAUAAAAUAAAAUAAAAUUUAAAAAAAAGAAUUAUUUUACAUAUUUUGGUUGUAACAGAUGCUGUUUAAGAUGAGCGAGACAGUGCAACAAGCAGCCCUCAUCUGUCACUGCUUGAUUCAGAAGCUCAUACUCAUGUAUGAAACUCUUAAAGACAUUACUUUUAUCCUUAACUCUGAAAUUGUGUUAAGAACAACUGAAAUUAAAUGUCUUUUCUGUCAUAAUAUUCUUGCAAGGCCUCAUCUUCAUGGACACAAAUAAAUGACCUUGACUGCUACAAAA